AUGUCAUCUGAUGAUUUAGAUGCUUAAAAGCAGAAAUUAAGGGAGUAAAUUAUACAUACUGAAACUCUCAAUAUGAUGGCAAAGUAUUAGUUGGUAUUCUUAAAAAUGGAGAUAUCAAUAAGAAAGCUAGGCUUGAUAAUAAAAUUAAAGUAAUUCUAACUGAUUAUUGUAGAGAAAACUAAUAGAAAUUUUAUGGUUUUAGGAAACUUAAGCAAUCUAAUAAAUACAGUGCUAAUCAUUUUAAAGUUCUUUUUACAUAGAUUGCAUUAAAAUAUUAGUAAGUUGGAGAGAUUAUUCAAAAAAAAUAAAAAAGAAAUUUGCACUUUGCAUUCAUUAAGGUUCGAUUUCAAUUCUCAAGAAACAAAAAUAAUAAAAUCAGGAAAUCCUUCUUAUAGGUAAUAGCUUCUAAAGAGUCUGAGAUAAAGAAUCUGUAAAUUAAGGAAUAAGAGAUCAUGGAAAAUAUAAACAAUUAAAAAUUAAAGGAGCAAGAAUUCCUAUAAAAAAUAAAAUAGAAGGAUGUGAUUCUGUCAUCUUUGGAGAAUGAAUUGAAAAAAAAUUCAACUAAUAAAACUUUUGAUUCAAAAGUAAAUCUAUCUUAUAUUGAAGUUAAGAAAUAUCGAAAUCGAGAAUCAGGAGAUGCAAGAACGUAUUGUGGGAACUGAAGAUUCUGUUAAUCUAUUUAUCAGAGAAAUGAAUGAUAUACUCGAUAGUCAUGAAAUCAGUACUAAUUUAGGUAAAUAUCAAAUGGACUUCAUUAGGUAUUGAUUCUGAUGAAAACUAAUCUUAUGAAUAACCUGGUUAGGUUAUUGAAUAUUAGAGCUAAAGAUUGAAUCAAAAUUCAAGAUAAUAAAAAUCUAAGAACUCUUACUCGAAUUAAUUGACUCGUACUAAAAUUAAUUGA